GGUGGAGGGAGAGGCUGGGGUCGCCACGGCCGAGGCUGCUGCCGCCGCCCCCCUGCGGGGGUGGCCGGGGUUCCCAGCUCUGGGGACCCCGCUCCGGGUGAGGCGUCCACCAUGGUGAGCCCGCUGAGCCACUGUCCCUGCGCCCCCCCGGCCGCCUGCUGCCCCUCGGUGCUGCGCCUGCUGUUGCUCCUCCAUCUCCAGAUCGGAUCGCGGUGAGGGAAAGAUGAGCGAGGAGACGGCGACUUCUGACAACGAUAAUAGUUACGCACGAGUGCGAGCCGUGGUGAUGACCCGAGAUGACUCGAGUGGCGGGUGGCUCCCCCUUGGAGGGAGCGGACUGAGCAGCGUCACAGUCUUCAAGGUCCCCCAUCAGGAGGAGAAUGGCUGUGCUGACUUCUUCAUCCGUGGAGAGCGACUCAGGGACAAAAUGGUGGUUCUGGAAUGUAUGCUUAAAAAAGACCUCAUUUAUAAUAAAGUCACUCCCACGUUUCACCACUGGAAGAUCGAUGACAAGAAGUUUGGCCUUACCUUUCAAAGUCCUGCUGACGCUCGUGCUUUCGAUAGAGGCAUCCGAAGAGCUAUUGAGGACAUUGCUCAAGGAUGCCCAGCAUCAAAAAAUGAAGCUGAGGGAGCCGACGGUGACUUACAAGCAGCUGAGGAGGAUACUUCCAGUUCUCUAGUGAAAGAUCACCUUUUCCAGCAAGAGACGGUUGUGACCAGUGACCCCUACAGAAGUGCAAAUGUGAGACCAUCUCCCUUUGAAGACCUGAACACCAGAAGAGUGUACUUGCAAAGCCAGGCCAAUCAGGUAACAUUCAGUCAGCCAGGCCUAGACACUCAGAGCAGAAGUAUGGAAUAUGUACAGCGGCAAAUAACCAAGGAAUGUGGAAGCCUCAAGUCCCAAAACAGGGUCCCUUUGAAAUCAAUCAGACAUGUCAGCUUUCAAGAUGAGGAUGAGAUUGUCAGAAUAAAUCCUCGUGAUAUCUUAAUACGCCGGUAUGCGGACUAUAGACACCCUGACAUGUGGAAGAGUGAUUUGGAGAGAGAUGAUACUGACUCCACUCCUCAGUUUUCUAAGCCAGGCAGUAAAAAACCAGACUAUCUCUACCCUUGUGAGGAAGAGGCUAAGUUAAGUUCACUGAAAGACUCUGUGGUAUUUAAGACCCAGCCUGCCCCAUUAAAAUUGAAGUCAAAACGAAGAAAAGAGGAUGGGGAACGUUCUCGCUGCGUGUACUGCCAGGAGAGGUUUAAUCACGAGGAGAAUGGCCGGGGGAAGUGUCAGGACGCCCCAGACCCCAUCAAGAGGUGCAUCCAUCAUGUGAGCUGCAUGCUCUGUGCAGAGAGCAUGCUGUACCACUGUAUGUCAGACUCGGAGGGAGAUUUUUCUGACCCCUGUUCAUGUGACACUAGUGAUGACAAGUUCUGCUUACGAUGGUUAGCCCUGGUAGCCUUGUCUUUCAUCGUGCCAUGUAUGUGCUGCUAUGUCCCUUUGACGGUGUGCCAUCGCUGUGGGGAGGCGUGUGGGUGCUGUGGUGGGAAGCACAAAGCUGCUGGGUGAAACGACCCAGUGCUAGAUGAGCUUCAUAUCUUUCCAGGAUUAGCUGACUGGGGUUGCUGGGAGCUUUGGCAAGCAGUAUGGAGUCUUGCCUGGUGUCACUGGGGCCACACGUGGAAGAGGCAGAACUUGCCAGUUCUUGGCAUUUCACAGAAGCUAGCCAUGCCUGACUUUUCCCUUGGUGCAUGGCGUGUCUUGUUACAGGUUGUAGGGUAUUUGCAGAAGGAAAUCAUUUCUGAUUAUUGACGAUAAAAGUCAGCAUAAAAUAUGAUCCAACUAAAAGGGAUUAAUAUUUGGCAUUUUUGUAUAUUUAUGCAUUGGGGGUUUGAAUUCAUUAGGACGAGAACUAAAAAGUGCCCUAGGGGACGUUGACUUCAGUCUAAGACAAGUUAACACAGGGAUUGUAAGAGGUAAAAGAAGUGCAACUAAACCAUUUGUUGUUUUCUGAAAGCAGUUUUAUGUAUAAAUAACAAAUGUUUAUAUUUAACUAAAUGUAAGGUACGAAUUAUUGCAUAUUAAACUUUUCUUGCCCUUCCUAGUUCCAAAGUAGAUAGACCUAUCUACUGCCACAUUCCACACACUUUGAAUAUUUAACUCAUCUAGUUAAUAACUUUUAUUCCAUGUGAAUGGUUUGAUAUUUCAUCCUCAUUUCUCUUUGGCUACAGUUUAUAUUGAGUUAUAUCUGUACAUUCUGGUAAUCUGAAAUCCUUAAAAAUACUCUAGUAGCCUUGAGUGACCAACUUUUUUUUAAAGCACAGAUGUAAUUGUCUAAUGUUUUGAUGGGAACGUAACACUUAUUUUUAUAUAAAGAGACUGAAUAAACAUAGAAAAAGGUGAGGGUUUUUUUUUAAUUUGUCUUUUGUGGUAUUCAACCAGCAAGUUGUUUUCUUUCAGAGUUUCUGCCUUCGAAAACUUACAUUGCAUUUACAAAUGCUUCAAAGGCAAAAGGCGCAGCUGGACGGCUGGUGAGAAGCUGAGUCCUCCUGCCUUGCCUUCUGUGUGUCCGCCAAGCUGCAUGUCCAGCUGGGUCAUUCAAGUCUUUAGCUUAACCCUCAGCACUUACUAUUCACAAGACAGGAAUGAGUUUCUCAGUGAUACAUUCUAUUUUGUUUUGACUUUGGCCAAAAGCAAAACGAAUUUGUGUUAAAAUGUACACUAAGCUAUCUGAGGAAGGUGUUUGACUCAGCAUCGUGAAUGGCUAUCCUGUACAUAGAGACUUCUUUCUUCUGCUGACCGUGCAUAUUAGUGAUUGUGUAAUUUACUGAUUUACAAGCAGGCAGGAUACAUGUCCCAGCAAACUGUUUGAAGUACUUUGGGGUCAAAUUGUCUGUCUCUCUCCUUCUCUUUAACUGUUACAUUAAAACUCUAACCAGUAAGGGAUUCUUUAAGAAUAUACCCUUAGAAGGAUAAAGUUGAGAAGUAUGCUUUUUACUUUUUCAAAUGGCUCAAAAUUUCAGAGGUGAUAGAAAUUAAAAUCACGCUACCAUUUGAAGUUCAUCUUCUGCAGAUUUGAAAUGUCAUCUGUGUCAUUCGCUUUGUGCAUCACACUUAAGCUUGUGCUAGCUUUCUUCUUUUGCCCCACAUCAAACUGAACAAUUGUAUAUAACACUGUCUGUAAAAUACUUUUUUUUAAAGAAAGCAUUUAUAUUUAUAUGACAGCUUGAACUGACAGCAUUGUGUAUAUAGGUCAUCUUGAAGUAUUAUUUCACAUUGAAAAGAAGAAAAAUAUAUUGAUAACUAUAGAUGUUAUGAAGAAGAGGUUAUUUCUAGUUUUGUACUAAAAAUCAGUUGGAUGAACUAAAUCCACAACAGGACAGGAUGGCAGCAGCUCUCAGUCUCAUUUUCCCUGUUUAGCUAUCUGAGCACUGCUGGCCUGAUCAGCUCCAUCCUGAGGCUUUCAGCAAAGCCUGAUGUCUAGAACAGGCGUUAACUUUCAAGAUUCCUUUUUAUUAGUGAAAUGGAAGUACUGGUUCUCCUUGUGGAUGAAUAUCCACAUUUGUAAGUGCUGAGUUUAUAAUUCAGGUUUGAGCAAGGUGUGAACAACUGAAGAAAAUAACUUGCUGGUGACAUGGGAAAAUGCUGUGGAAAGCUGUGUACAUACUUGGGGAAGAACAAGAUCAGCCGUUUCUUCUGUUAAGCACUAUUCGGCAUAGUGCAGCUCUGGUUCUGUACUGUAUUUUAUAUGCAGCAUUUAUGCUUUAAUAUUGUAAUGUUUGUGCAUUAAUAUUUUCAGUUUGUUUAACCACUUUGCUGCUAAGAUUUUGCCGUCCAUUCCCAUUUUCCUUUACAAUUUAAAACAAGUUUCUUCAUU